AGGUCCGAUGUCGGUCCUCUCCUUUGCUGGCAUGGUAUCAAGGAAGCAAUGGCGCUUGCCGGGUUGUUUCGCCACCGUCAACUGUGAAGCAUUGUUGAGGAAGCUGUUCGCAGAAUGGGAUCUUAAUGAGCGGGACUCUUUCCUCUGCUUCAAGAUCACAAAAGACACUGUAUAGGCGCGAGUAAGGUGGAAGACUUGACUUUCCAUUGUGUACAGUAGCUUGUUUGUCAGCUGAAGAUUACAGCUGCAGCUGUCAAAAUCCUCAGGUAUCAUUAAUUAUAGCGGUGCUGUUUGUAAAAAAAUUGUGGACGGUUAUGCUCAGUGAGAAAUCUAUGCGCAAAGUUUUUUCUUGUACAAAUAUAGUUCUAAGUAGUUUAUUUAUUUAUUUAUUUUAUUGAAUGUGAUAUUUUGUAAAAGGAAUAAGUUAUAUACAAUUUUAUUUAAAUACUAUUUAUUUAAAAGCAUUUUAUUUAUAUAUUUUAAAAUAUUUAUAAGUCGUUAUGUCAGAGAACAGGUUAGAAUCUCUUUUUUUAAAAGGAUUUUAUCGGUAAGAAAUCAAAAUUCUUUAAACUGAAGGUGCGGUAAUUUUUAUCGCUGAAUCCAAUUAAGCACGAAAUACUAAUUUUAGUAAAUUUAUUGUUGAUCUUGCAGUAUAUUUAGUUAAAAACGAAAGACAUUUUUUUCCUAAUGGAGAAAUUCUAUUAUAGUUAUACAAACUUAUACAUUUUUAUGGAUUUCUUUUAAGAUAUUCAGUAUUUACUUGUCUCUUUAGGAGUUGUUUUGUAGUUUAAAUAAGAAAAGUAAUUGAAUGAAAAGCCACAUAAAUAAUAUUAUAAAGAUAGCCUUCUUAAAUAGCCAUAUAAAUAAUAUUAUAAAUAAUUUCAAUAAAAUAUAUUAUUUACACAUUAAUAAAAUUCAGCUAUAUUAUUAAAUAUUCAUAAGUCAUAUGCAUUGCAAAAAAGAAUGUGCAUUAUAAUUCUUUGUAUAAAAAUAAAUGCAUAGAAAAACUGUAAUUCAGCUGACAAACAAAUAGCCGAGCCUUUAGGCUGAAUAUAAUGAGUCACUAAAAAGUUCAAAUAAUACCGCCCAAUGAUGAGAAAGAAGAAAUCUUCUUUUGGACUUUCAAAAGUUUUGAAACGCUUUGCUGUCCAUUACUUUAUCAAUAACUUUGAACGAUAACUUGUAAAUUAAAUACAUAAUUGAAAAAUCCUAAAUGACAUUAUGGAAAUAAAGAGAAGAGUUACAGAUAAACGCCAUCCACUGAGUUCAACUUCCAAACAUUUCAGGCGAGUUUUAUACGGUCUGAUAGGUGUAGUCUUGUCUUCUUAUGUUGUCUUGUUUAUACUUGUUGUGUCCCGCCACAUUGACCAAAGUGCUCAAAAUGAAGUACGGCGAGCUCUGACCGAAGAAGCCAAACAGAAGCCAAAGAAUUUGAAGCCAGUCAGCCUCGUUGGAGGCAUAGGCCAUAGCUUAUUGCGUAUGGAAAGGUAUCAAGAAAGAUGGGCUGCCAUGGCAAAGGCUUUGAAUACCAACGAAGGUCGCUUACCUCAUAUCCGAAGAAGGAUCAAUGUCUGUGCUCAACCAAAAUUCAGAAAUCCACCUGGUCCUAUGAUAGCUCUAGCUUCUUUCCCUGGUUCUGGGAACACAUGGAUCCGGUUUUUGGUUCAGCAAGCCACUGGAAUCCUGACAGGCAGUGUGUACAGAGACUAUUCCUUGAAGCGAAAUGGCUUUCCUGCCGAAAGUGUUGCCAACGGAUCUGUGCUUCUUAUCAAAACGCACGAAUGGGGUGAAACGACGAGGCAGAAAUUCCAGAAAGCUGUGCUUCUCAUUAGAGACCCCUUCGGUUGUCUUGUAGCCGAAUUUAACAGAAGAGCUGGAGGACAUGUUGGUCAUGCCUCGCCUGAGAAAUUCCACAGAGGCAAUGCAUGGCCAAAUUUUGUGGCAACUCAUUCCAAACUGUGGAUGGAGAGCAUUUUAGACUGGCUCCAGUUUGAAGGUCCACUGCUUGUCAUAAGGUACGAAACGAUUACCCAAGAAUUACCAGGGCAACUCAUCCGUCUGCUCAAGUUCUUGGACGCCAACGUAACCUGGAAUGCAUUUCAAUGCAUACUUCGAAACAGAGAUGGAAUCUUUAGACGCGCAAAGAAACAAUUAAAUUUCGAGUUGUUCGACGAAUCCAUGAAACGUACUAUUGAAGGUUACAAGGCCAUUAUCGAAACAGCUCUGCGAUAUCAUGAGCAGGGAGUGAAAUUCGACAUACACAAUACAACUUUACUACAGUCAAGUGCCAAUAAUGGAAGCAAUUUUGAAGUGAUGCCAAUGACUUAUAUAGAAAAAGCACAAAUCGAAAAUGGAUCUUGAUACAGCUUUAUGCACUUUUAAUUUGUGAUUUUUGAAUAGAAAAUGAUGUGUUCUUGUUAUGUUACUACAAAGAGGUUGAGUACAAAUCUUAGUCAGGUGAACAGUAGUAAAAAUGGUUAGCUUCUGAGUCAUUUCAUCUUAUAUGUACAAUCAUAAUAUACGUUCCACAUCUGCCAUAUAAUACCAAAGUGAUAA